AUGUAUUCAUACUUUAAGAGCUUUAAGGCACACGUUCUUGAGCAUCAUCCAGUGUCAGAGUUUGAGCUUGUUCAGCAUAUUGAAGUAGCUACAGAUGAAUUGCCCGACUCUAUAGAUAUUGGGAUUGAAACUGACAUAGUCACACUUAUUCAAAAUCCGCAUUUCUUCAAAGAAUCAGUCAGUUUGGAAACUAUAUCUGAUGCUGUUAAUAGUUUGAUAUCCGAGCUAAGAUGUGACGUUUCCUUACCGGAAGUUAAGCUACAAUCAUUUAUCAACGGAUACAUUACAAUAUCUAAUAGCAUUCAGCAAUAUACGAUGGCUAAAGUUAAGACAUUCUUAAUCUCGAAAAAUCUAUUAGAUGAUGCUGAUGCAAUUGUGCUUAUCAACGAAAUGCAGAUUCCUGAUCUGGCCACUGAUGUUAAAACUCCAACGGGAAAUAUAGCAUUUCUAGCAGGGAAAGCUGGUUGCUGUGUGCCUGAGCCAGUAGAAAUUGUACUCGGGAAGCAUAGGAAAAUCAAGCGUGUACUUACUUGCCGUAAUCGAAGGAUGAAAUUUCAGAAAAGACUUCGCAAACAUGAAUAUGUAUCAAAGGUAAAAGUAAUGAAAGACGUAUGUCAUUACAUCCCGAUAUCAGAAACAUUGCGGUUCAUUAUGUCAAACUCAAAAGCAAGAGCGAUGGUCAAAGAUGAGUCUAAAUUUAUUGAGGAUGGAUCUAUCGAAACAUAUCAACAAGGAACAAACUUCGAAAAUCAUCCGUUUCUUCAGCUAUACCCGACUUGUUUACGCUUAUCUCUACACAUCGAUGAAGGAGAAUAUUGUAAUGCUUUAGGUUCUCGUAGAGGCAAAAAUAAGUUGACGAACGUUUGUUUUAAAGUUCAAAACUUUGACCCAAAAAUCAAUUCAUCUCUUGAUCGCGUAUAUUUGGCGUUGACGGUGAAGUCAAGCGUACUCAAAAGAUAUGGGUAUCAAAAAGUGUUGCAGCCUUUGAUAGACGAUUUAAUUCAAUUAGAAUCCAACGAAGGUAUUCCAGUCAAAACGGAGGCUAAUAUGUGGACCUUGCGAGCGGUACUCGUGCAUGUAUUAGGCGAUACUUUAGCAAUGCAUGACAUCUGUGGAUUGUUAAGUCCAUCAGCAAACAUGUUUUGCAGAGCAUGUGAAAUUACAAGAAAAGACCUUUUAUCAGGAGAACUUGGUGAUAAAUUCACCGCGAGAACGGUAGAAAAUGUACAGAACAUCUUAGUAUCUUCUGAGAUUGGCAAAACACCAUGUAUGCUUUAUGGUAUAAAAACUAAUUGUGCUUUGCAUUCGCUAGAGUAUUAUAGGUGGCCUGCAAGUAUUACAUUUGAUCCAAUGCACGAUCUUUUAGAGGGAAUCGUUCCGAUGGUUUUGAAGAAAAUUUUACAAAACGCUGUUUUUAAUUAUAAGUUACUAACGGAGGAAUGUUUGAACCGAAUGAUUGAAAAUUUUGAUUACGGGGACACAGAAGCAAGAGACAAACCCUCAGCUAAUUUCUCUAAAUUAAACUUGCGAAGUAAAAACAAUUCUCUCUGCCAAUCAGCCGCCCAAUGUUGGCUACUAUUACGCGCAUUUCCAUUUAUUUUUCAUAAAAUUUUGGAUUCUAACCAAUUAUAUAAAGAAAUCGUUGGUACAUUAUUAAAAAUUACGUUCAUCAGUUUCUCCAACAAACUUAAUGAUCAAAUGAUCCAGGAUUUGUCAGAAUCUGUUAUAUCUUUCCAAAACUUGUUCAAAGAAUGUUUUCCCUUGGCUAACGCGAUUAAUAAAGUGCACCAUAUUGCACAUUAUGCACAAAUAUGUCGUGAAAAUGGCCCAAUUGCAAACUUCAGUUGCAUGAUGUACGAAGCAAAAUUCAAGGAGUCGAAGAGCCAAAGCAAAACAUGUGGGAACUUUAAAAAUCUAUCAUUCAGCCUUACAAAACGUUUGAAUUUAAAACAGAUAAAUUCCAUAUUAAAACAUAAUUACGUUGUAGAUAAACCAGUAAUCGUAAUGUCGUCAAUUACAAACAAAAACACAAUCGAUACAGCCGCAUUAUUAUUUGAUCUUCCUGACGAACUGACGAUAAUUAACCAUCUUAAAAUAAACGGUGUAAAUUUCCAUCCUGGCGAAGCUGUGAAAUAUGAACAAUGUUCUCUUAAACGAUAUGGAAUACUCCUGGCAAUUAUUGAUCAAGACUCAGAUAUUUUUUUCCUUAUUCAAGAACUCGAUAUAAUUGCAUUUGAUUCUUAUUUGUUUGCGUUCAAGGUGGCUUUAACACAACGGAUUGUUAGGAUAAUGUAUGAGAGUCUUAUGUCAAGGAAAAGUUAUAAUUUAUGGCAGUUAGAACAUGAGCUCUGUGACAGGUAUUUUUAUAUUAGUCUAAAAUACAACGAUGAUUAA